AUGGUCAAAGUCGGAAUCAUAGGAGGAAGUGGUUUGGAGGAUCCAAAUAUCCUUCUAAACCCAACAGCGAUCUCGAUUGAUACUCCGUACGGACAGCCGAGUGAUCAUCUCAUACAAGGAACAAUCAAUGGUGUCGAAUGUGUUCUUUUGGCACGACAUGGACGGAAGCACGACAUUAUGCCCGGAAACGUCAACUAUCGCGCCAAUCUAUGGGCUCUCUACUCUCUCGGAGUUGAUGUCAUCAUUGCUUCUACUGCUUGCGGCUCUCUAAAGGAAGAAGUGGCCCCAGGGCAUUUGCUAUUUCCGGAUUCAGUUUUCGACAGAACUAACAGUCGCAAAGCUACAUUCUUCGAUGGUACAUUCAGUGGAGCACCUGGAGUCUCUCAUAUCCAGGCUCAUCCCACUUAUAAUGAGAAACUGAGACAGGUUUUGAUUUCUACCGCCGAGAAGUGCAAGCUCGUUCACCAUCGCACCGGCUUUGGAGUUUGCAUUGAAGGACCUCGGUUUUCGACCAAAGCCGAAAGUAUGGUCUUCAAAUCAUGGGGAGCCAGUUUGGUUAACAUGACAAUGAUGCCGGAAUGCAUUCUUGCCAAGGAACUUGGUAUUCCAUACGCAACUACUGCUUUGGUCACCGAUUAUGACUGUUGGAAAGAUGAAGAUCAAGUGACAGCUGCUUCGGUGAUGAAAGUAUUCGCUGCGAACGUGGAAAAAGCGAAGACACUGUUCAUAGAAGCUGUAGCGGAAAUUGGGAAAAUCGAUUGGAGUGCUGAGAUUUUGCAAACAAAAACUGCUGCACGGCAGUCGAUCAUGAUCUCCCCAGAUGUCGAAGUCGAAUUCCUAAAAGUUCCCAAGACAUGA